AUGUCGCGGAGGCUGCUGCGGGCGGAGAAGCGGCGGCGGCGACUGGAGCAGAGGCAGCAGCCGGACGAGCAGCGGCGGCGGGCGGGAGCGAUGGUGAAGAUGGCGGCGGCGGGCGGCGGAGGUGGCGGUGGCCGUUACUACGGCGGCGGCAGUGAGGGCGGCCGGGCCCCUAAGAGGCUCAAGACUGACAACGCCGGCGACCAGCACGGAGGCGGUGGCGGUGGAGGAGCUGGGGCAGCGGGCGGCGGCGGCGGGGAGAACUACGAUGACCCGCACAAGACCCCUGCUUCCCCAGUUGUCCACAUCAGGGGCUUGAUUGAUGGUGUGGUGGAAGCCGACCUUGUGGAGGCCUUGCAGGAGUUUGGACCCAUCAGCUAUGUGGUGGUAAUGCCUAAAAAAAGACAGGCACUGGUGGAAUUUGAAGAUGUAUUGGGGGCUUGCAACGCAGUGAACUACGCAGCUGACAACCAAAUCUACAUUGCCGGUCACCCAGCUUUUGUCAACUACUCUACCAGCCAGAAGAUUUCUCGCCCUGGGGACUCGGAUGACUCCCGGAGCGUCAACAGCGUGCUUCUCUUUACCAUCCUGAACCCCAUCUAUUCUAUUACCACGGAUGUUCUUUACACUAUCUGUAACCCUUGUGGCCCUGUCCAGAGAAUUGUCAUUUUCCGGAAGAAUGGCGUCCAGGCCAUGGUGGAAUUUGAUUCUGUGCAGAGUGCCCAGCGGGCCAAGGCCUCGCUCAAUGGGGCUGACAUUUAUUCUGGCUGUUGUACUCUGAAGAUUGAAUAUGCGAAGCCUACACGCCUGAAUGUGUUCAAAAAUGAUCAGGAUACUUGGGACUACACAAACCCCAACCUCAGUGGACAAGGUGACCCUGGCAGCAAUCCCAAUAAACGCCAGAGGCAGCCCCCUCUCCUAGGAGAUCACCCCGCUGAAUAUGGUGAGGGCAGGGGAUUCCCCUCCAUGGACUCCUGUGGCUCAUGUGCCCCUGCCCAGCCGCCUCCACGCAGAUUCUCACCCGUCCUCCCUCUCUUUCCUUCCCACCCCCCAGGAGGCCCCAUGGUGGGGUACCACAGCCAUUACCAUGAUGAGGGCUAUGGCCCCCCCCCACCUCACUACGAAGGGAGACGGAUGGGCCCACCAGUGGGGGGUCACCGCCGGGGCCCAAGCCGCUAUGGCCCCCAAUAUGGUCACCCCCCGCCCCCUCCCCCACCACCUGAGUACGGCCCCCACGCCGACAGCCCUGUGCUCAUGGUCUAUGGCUUGGAUCAAUCUAAGAUGAACUGUGACCGAGUCUUCAAUGUCUUCUGCUUAUAUGGCAAUGUGGAGAAGGUGAAAUUCAUGAAAAGCAAGCCAGGGGCUGCCAUGGUGGAGAUGGCUGAUGGCUAUGCUGUGGACCGGGCCAUCACCCACCUCAACAACAACUUCAUGUUUGGGCAGAAGCUGAACGUCUGUGUCUCCAAGCAACCAGCCAUCAUGCCUGGUCAGUCAUACGGGCUGGAAGAUGGGUCCUGCAGUUACAAAGACUUCAACGGUUCAAGGAACAAUCGGUUCUCCACCCCAGAGCAGGCGGCCAAGAACCGCAUCCAGCACCCCAGCAAUGUGCUGCACUUCUUCAAUGCCCCCCUGGAGGUGACUGAGGAGAACUUCUUUGAGAUCUGUGACGAACUGGGAGUGAAGCGGCCAUCUUCUGUGAAAGUGUUCUCAGGCAAAAGUGAACGCAGCUCCUCUGGGCUGCUGGAGUGGGAAUCCAAGAGUGAUGCCCUGGAGACAUUGGGCUUCCUGAACCAUUACCAGAUGAAGAACCCGAAUGGUCCAUACCCUUACACCCUGAAGUUGUGUUUCUCCACCGCUCAGCACGCCUCCUAAUUAGGUGCCUAGGAAGAAUUCCAUCUGAGCAGGAAAAGUUUUCUUUCCUUUAUGCUGUUUUUGUUUCUGUUUUGCAAAGUUCUGUAUUCCUUUUUUUUAAAUGCUAGGUUAGUAGUGGCUUAACCAUAAUGGAAAUGCUGGAAAUUGGAGGGGGAGGGGAACUGAUAUCUCCCAAGAUUACCUUCACUUUUAAAGAUUAUUGUACAUGUGAUUUUUUUUUUUCCUGUUCAUACGUUUGUGCUGUCCAUGUACUCUUGGCACAUUUCAAUAAAAUUGUUUGAAAAAUAAACAUAGCACCUGCA